AUGAGGCGAGUGUGGGAGCCGUGCCCUGACAUCACCCCCCCUUCAAGACCCGGCGCCUCGACGGGUCGGAAUUCCCACCCCAACCGAGCCCGCCCCGUCCCCAUCGAACGCGGAUCGUCCGAGGAGAGGAGCAGCGACGGCAGCGAGGAGGAUCCGAUCGCCGCGCUGGAGGCGGCGCAGGCGACUCUGAAGGCGGCGCAGGCAAAGGCAGACGCGGCGACAGCGAAAGCGGAGGCGAAGGCGGCGGAGGCGAAGGCGAAGGAGGCGGAAGCGAAGGCGGUAGCGGCGGCAAAGGCGAACGGGGUAGCGGGUCGUGGUCGGCAGGAGGCCGCUGCAUCGUCGAAGGGCCGCGGCGGCUCCCGGAACACCUUGGAGGUCGUGGUACCGCCCCUGGAGCGCAAGCGCCAACACGCGGAGUCCCCGACCUCGACGCAGGCGUCGAAGCGCGCGAAGUCCGGGGAGGACCCGCCCGAGGCGUUCCCGACGCCUUGCGUGACCUGCCUGGCGUCCGGGCAGGUCUGCCUGAAGCAGUGCUCGAGGGCCGCAACCGCCUGCGUCGGCUGCGCGACACGCCGGCAGCCAUGCAGUCACACCCGCGGAGGCUCCGCCGCGGACGGCGUCCAGGCGACGCUCGCGGUCGUCGCUGAGGCAAUGGGCGAGUUCGGCGCCGCUAUGCGCGAGGUUCGAGAGCUCGUGCGUGCGGUGCACGCCAGCGGCUCAUUCGGCCUCUCCACGGAGGCUCCGGCAGCGUCGGGAGGUCCGUCGGCCUUCGGUUGGGGCAGUGCGUCGGGCCCGUCGGCCCCGCCGACUACGCCUUCGAUUCAAGAGGGAGGGUCUGGAGCGACCGAGGAGAUGGAGGAGGUCGGGAGAGAGGUGACGAGGAUGGAGGAGGACGAGGGACAUGACGACGAGGUGGUGUAA